AUGUAUGAACCUCUUUCCAGUUUAAAACAGCCCCCUCUCCCGUUUGAAAAUGAAAAAAAUAUUGCCCUUAAUGAUAUCCCACUUAAUGAAUCUCAACGAAAUUUAAUGUUUUCCCUUCUUCAACAAAAUCAACAAAUUUUUCAAGAUAAACCUGGCCUUCACAAAUUUUUCUCUUAUAAAUUCAACAUUAGACCACAUGAACCUUACAAAAUUAGACCAUACCCUGUCCCCUUCUCCCGUCGUCCCGCGGUAGAAAGGGAGAUCAACAAGAUGCUUCAAUGGGGGGUUAUUGAGAGAUCAGUCUCUGCCUAUAGUAACCCACUAGUAACAGUUGCUAAAGCCGACGGCUCUAUUCGCUUGUGCUUAGACGCCCGAAAGUUAAACACUAUUAUCUUACCCACACGAGACGCUUCCCCACCCAUCGAUGAAAUUCUUGCAAAAUUUAAUAACAAAUCUUUUUUCUCCUUCCUCGAUUUUUCUUCAGGAUAUUGGCAAAUUCCCCUUGAUCUUUCUGUUCGGCAAUACACUAGUUUCCUUUAUGAUGGGCGUUCAAAAUAUUCGUUCAUAUUCAAUUUUGUGUUGUACCUUUUGGUCUCAAUAUAUCAAAUGCUGCUUUUGGUAAAGGGCUUGAGGCCGCUCUAA